AUGCGAGUAUUAGACGGACGUGACAACGGCGCAGGAGACGCUGGAGGACACUCGGCCGCACCUCACCUGACUUCGGCUCGAACGGGACAAGGUGCGGGAUCGGGUGCCGAGGACGAGGACGCUGCCAUGGGAGAAGCCGCUCGCUCUCGCUUGAUGAGUCCCGAGCCCAUGGACGGCGUCGAGCAUCACGGAGACGAGAAGAGGAACGGCGACGUCCGCAUGAGGGGGAUGAGCGAGGAGCCACACCACUCUGACCCUGUCGCUUUCCCUACUGCCGCCAACCGCGUCGACACCUCGUCCAGCUUCACCGCUUCGCCCGGACCUUCGCCUUCCGCCUCUCCAACGUCCGGCGCCGCACCUGCGAGCGCGGGCGUCCAGCGUAACCCCUCUUUGCGUGCACGAGAUGCGUUCUCGCGCCUUCGCAUCGGCUCUUUUGGCGGCACGAUCGGCAGGCCUCCUCCGCCGACAACCAGCUCGACCACGACAAGCCCUGCACCUGCGAGUCCGACGCUUAGCGUAGGAUCAUCUGCAGAAGCCGCCAGUCUCGAUGCCAGCACCUCCUCCCUUCCGCGCCGACAGAACUCGACCGGAACGUCCAAGGCCGCCUCGUUUCUCUCCGCCUUCCGCUCUCCCCCUUCUUCUGUCAGCGGCCGCUCGCCCUCUCCGCCUUUGCGAGACGGGCAGAUGCCGUCGUUCUCGAGCGCGCUGCCGCUCAGAGGAGACGAGCGUGGGUACAAGCUUGUCACGAAGGGUGAGGACGGGGAGGAGUAUGAGUAUGAGCUGGGCAAGGAGCUCGGACGAGGCGGGAUGGGUCUCGUGAGGGAAGCAGUGAGGAGACGACGACGUACCUGCGACAAGGGAAAGGGGAAGGAGCGGGAAGGUGACGGGGAUUCGGCGGUGCAGAGCGACUGCGAUCCCGAUGUCGACGACGAGAUCGAGGACGACGCCAUCAAGGUCGCCGUCAAGAUCAUCCCUCGUCACCACCACGCCUCGCUGCCUUUCUUGCAGGGCACGGGCGCAGGCGCUCCCGUUGGGAACGGCAUACCCGGCUCAACCCUACCGCAGGGUCUCGUCCACCAUCUUCACCCGUCACCUUCACCUUCGCCCGGCACACCUCAGGGUCGACGGAACGCCAGCAGCGACAGUCCCAUGCGCACCGACUCGUAUUUCUCAAACCCGUCCCUCUCCUUCCGACACCCUUCUCGUGACCGCGCCGCCGCUGUCGAGCGCGCAAGGAGCGCCUCGUCGCCCAUCCGACCCGGCAUGAUCACCCGCGGAUUGACGCUCACAGCCGUCGAAGCAAGUCCCCUGCCAAGCCCUUCGCUUCAGGACGGCGCAGACGGGUCCGAUGCCGCGAUGAUGGGCACGAGCGCGCCUGAGCACGAGGACGGCUUGUUCGCAGCCCGGUCGCAGUCCGACGUUCAGCCAAGAUGCGAGGAUGACCACCCGCCCGAGCUGGACCUGCAGAACCCGUCCGAUCUGCUGGACCUCCUCCUCCAGCGCGAGCUCUCAAUCUGGCGACAACUCUCGAACCUCCCUUCCUCCUCGACCGCCUACGCCGCAGAACACCCGACGCGCUGGACCGGCAAAGGCGGUCACCCGCACAUCGUUGCGUUGAUCGGCUCGCACCGCACGAACGAGUUCGACUACGUCUUCAUGCCGCUCGCUGAAGGCGGCACUCUCCUCGAGUACCUCAACAACCCUGAUGCGCGCCGCGAAGCUUCGCCUGCCGGUCGUGCGUCGUCGAGGUCGGGCUCUCGCGCUGCUUCGCGAGGUCGAGCGCAGAAACCUCGUCCGCGCGGGUCGAUCCCCAUCGCAGGCUCGCUCUCUCCACCAGGAGGGCUCGCUGCGCAGUCUGGACCGAAGGGUCUUCCGCUCGACGAAGCGGGCGAGACUUUCGCGCAAAUCGUUGAGGCGGUUCGGUGGAUGCACGAAGAAGCGGGCGUCGCACACCGGGACCUCAAGCUUGAGAACGUCGUUGGGUGCUGGUCGACCGAUUCGGGUCCUGCAGCGCAUUUUGAGGCGCCUAUGCAGGCUUCCCAGGCGCAGGAAGGCGGGAGGGGGCGAAGCAGGUCGAGGCGAAGAGGGUCGCAGAUGGAGGACGAAGGGCCGCCGCAGAUGAUGCGGAUCAAGCGCAAGAGGAAGCGGGUGUGGAAGCUGGCAGACUUUGGACUUGCCGAGGUCAUCCCGCCGCAGAACGACUCGCCGUCAUCACCCAAAAGUCCCGUGCACGACGUCCAGCCUCUCGCAGCUCUCGCACGGGCGGGGUCGCUCAACCGACCGCCUGGCGAGCGAGGAGGAGGCGGGAACGGACUCGGGUCGUCCAUCGGUCCUGGCGCCUCCGCUGGUUCUGGGCAAAGCAGCUCAGCGUUCCUCCCUCACCCGCACCGCAACCCGCCCGUCGCCUUCCCGCAACACCACGCCUCUCCAACUGCCGCCUCGACCUCCCACCCGGCUCACAACUCGCCUCUCUCGGCGCUGCUUCACCCCGUGGGCUCGCUCCCCUACUCGUCGCCCGAAGCGCUCCGCUCGCCCGUCCCGAUCGUACACCCCUCGACCGACAUCUGGGCACUCGGAUGCGUCCUCUACGCACUCGUCGCCGGCCGCCUCCCGAUCUGGGAAGAAUGGGAACUCCGCCUGCGCGUCAAACUCGUCAAAGGCGAGUGGGACAUCCCGGACGAGCUCGACCCCGACCAGGCGACCUCCGAAGCGGACCGCCACGAGCGCGAGCUAGCGCUUGAGGUGCUCAAAGGCUGCCUCGAGAAGGACGUCGAGAAGCGCUGGACGAUCCGGCAGGUUUGGGAGAGUCGGUGGCUUGCGCAUAUCCGCGAACGAGACGCGCACGAGCGCGAGCAGCGCAGGAGAAACAAGAUGGCGCAUUUGAGGUUGCAGGUGCCGCCGUCGCCGUCUGCGGUGUCGACGACGAGCUCGCUCGCGCCGAGUCCGUCGCCAACUUCGCCGACUGCCACUCGCGCUUCGUCCCGCGGUCGUCCGGCGACUCGCUCGACUUCAGCACAUCCCGGGUCGCACUACGGCCCGUACCCGCCUCCUGCACCGUCGACAGGCGCCUCGCACACCCCUGCCGCCAGCUCGACUCCAACAGGCGGACGGCAAUCCCGCUCUCGCACGCGCCUCGCGACACACACUCGAUCUACGUCGCGCUCGUCAGCCUACGCACACCAAUACGGCGCUGCGGGCUCGGAAGGCGGCGAGCAAGAGCGUCGCGAGCGCGGGCGUUCCGAGCGCCGUCUGCGGUGGGACGAAGAGCGCGGAGUCCCUUACCCUGGUGCGGGUCGUCGGAGUCUCAGUCAGGCGAGUUCGAGCACCAGCGCGAGUUACGGUGACCAGACGGGCGAGGCGAGCGGGAGUUCGACGCCUGGAGGACCGGGGACGCCGGCGGAGGGCGGGCAUGCGUCGGCCCAGUCGGGGCAUUCGACGCGCGGUGGACGGAGGCAUGAGUGGGACGACCAGGGGCGGCUGGAGACGGUCGGCGAGCCGUACUGA